CAGUCAGGCCGAAUCAGUCCUGGCUGCUCCACCGUGUUGCCAACAUGGUGAGAGAGAUGAGAUGGUCAUAGCCAGCCAGAAUCAGUCUUGUUCGCUGCUCCACCGUGUUGCCAACUUGGUGAGAAUGAUGAGACGGGUCACAGCCAGGCCGAAUCAGUCCUGGCUGCUCCACUGUGUUGACAGCAUGGUGAGAGAGAUGAGGACGGUCACAACCAGGCCAGGUUUAAAGCACAAAUAUCAGGAAUAUCACAUCAAAAGAAUCAUUUAAUCUAGAUACAUGAGAAAUUUCUUUCAAGAGCAUGCAUCGAUUUGGAGCGAAACGACAGGGGGCGAAAAGAUCAGGGAGCGAAACAACCGCAAUCCGGAAUCGUUUCAGGUCGAGACCUUUUGAAGGGGUCAAGGCUGAUUUAAAGGUCCAUGAUGGUGGAGCCAACUCCAGCACUCGUCUUCUACACCAUGACUAUCAACGCUGCCUACGGUUAUUGCAUCCUUGUUGUGUGUCUUUCUUGGUUGAUUCAGACUUGGCUUGGCAUAAACGUUCUCAGAGCAAGACGAGCUUACGAUGUUCAGAACCCAAGAGUUUAUGGCGACCACAUGUUCAACUGCAUUCAGAGAGCAUAUCAAAAUUCGAUUGAAAAUUAUCCAUCAUUUGUGGCGCUGAUGCUGAUCGGAGGCUUGCACUAUCCUCGGAUGAGUGCCUUUGGAGGUUUUCUUUGGACAAUUAGUCGAAUUUUCUAUGCAAGGGGCUAUUAUUCUGGAGACCCCUCCAAGAGACUGAAAGGUGCCUUUGGUUACCUGGGUAUGUUCAUCAUGUUCAUGUGUACAUUCAUUACGGGGCUAAGCACACUUCAGUGGGUAUGACGCCAUGAGGGCGGGGCUGCCCCACAGCAGUCCUCACAAGCUUUCAGACAAUGGCAUGAUCUAAAUCCACAUGAUCUUAAUCGUCUACGUCGUCCUCCCUUUUAGAAAUACAUGUUGUAUUUGUUUCACUGCCUGAUUCUUGUUGUUCACAAGCUUGAAUGUUGAAGGUAAUUUUGUGUUAUUGGAGGGGGGAGCAGGGGCAGUAAGAAGAAUUAACGAAAGGUUUCAGGGAAAUAGUAGCCUAAAUAAUCAGUUUCAUUUUGUAUUUUGUCUUAUCCUUAAUUGAUCUAUAUGUGCCAUAACUUGAUGCCUCAAUAGACUUUGUAAGGAAAUGUUUUAAAUGCAAUACAGGUACUGCUUUCAACAUUGUUGAUCAUGCCAACCAUUACUGGAUGAAAACUAACUGAAGAUAAUUAUGGUCAUGUACACCUAUGUGUAUGUUCCCUAUGUAUAUUUCCAUGCACACAUAUUGAUAAAUCAUCAUCGUUCAUUGAUUUCUUGUGUAAUAUCAUCUUCAGGAAUAAGUCACGUUUGAGGCUAUGUUCAACAUCAAUGUUAUCAUAUUCAUAGCCUUUGGUUAUACAUUGUUGUUUGAUUUUCAUUUUGUGGAAUAUUCUGGAAAUUGUGUCGAAACAGUAGCGAGAAUCAUGAUUAUACAUGGAUAUGAAAACUUGCCAUGUCUGAAAAUGUUCGGAGCUGCAGAGGUGCAGUGAUUUCUUUAGUGUCUUUCCUCUCGGGUUUCUGUCUUGGUAUGACGUAAAUUUGUCGCUGUCAACGAAAUAGGUGUAGCAAACAAAUAAAGCUUGUCCUCUGAGAUAGUGACCAAAUGUUUGCUUCGUAAGAUUGAUGUUGUCCAAAAAGUAUUGCAUAAUGGGCACAGGCACCGGUAAACUUUGUAACUAACCAAAAUCGAUGCAAAUUUGGGUGAUGAUGCAAUUUUACCAAAACUCAAUAAAAUUUAAUGUUAAUAUUAGUGAAAAUAUUUGAUUGUUAGUGUGUAGGCCUACACAGUAUUACUUACUGCCUAAAUGUGCCUUUUUACAGCUACUAUAUGAUUGUAUUACUCUCUUUUGGAUGCACUUUUCACAGAUUUUUAUGUUUUCUAUUCACUGUUUAUUGUGAAACAUGUUGUUCUUAUUUGUAUACAAAUAAA